AUGAAAGGGGCUAUGUGUUUCAGGAAGAAAGGGAAGUUAAGCCCAAGAUUUAUAGGUUCUUUUAAGAUAUUGGACAAAGUUGGGCUAGUAGCAUACCGAUUGUCCUUACCGCAAUUGUUAGCUGAGACGCAUAAUGACUUCCAUAUCUCUAUGUUGAGAAAGUAUGUGAAUCCGUCUUAUGUGGUGAAUUAUGAGGCUUUGGAGCUGAAGCAGGAUUUGAGUUAUGUAGAAUGGCCAGUACGCAUAUUGGAACGAGGAACUAAAGAGUUGAGAUCCAAGAGUAUCCCUAUUGUCAAAGUUCUUUGGAGCUAUAACAUUGAGAGAGAAGCAACAUGGGAGUUGGAGGAAGAUAUUCGGGAAUAG